UUGCUGUCAUGCAAUCACUUUUUUAUUUUUUGAAUCUCGUAUUCAACUGUGUCAAUAAGCAGACAAGGCAAACUACUACAAUGCCUAUCGAACAGCAGUCCGUGCAAGCCGCUCACAGCAUGCUCCACGAGCGAUUCAGUGCAGCCAAAGCGCACCUCGAGGGCGAGAAUGCGGCCAUUCGGGCCAAAGACUCCAACCUCCCGGUGAAGGAGCGCAUCAUCUCUGCGGGCGAGGCAGUCUCGCAAAAGGUCGAAGAAGUGGGCAACAAGGUCUCCGCAUCGCUGCACAACGCGGCAGUCGUCGGCGACAUUGAGGCUGGAACGGUCGAAGGCGCCAAACCGGGGUCGUACGAGGCACAAGAAGCCAAGCGCGAGGCUGAGCAUCGUGUGGACACGGUGGUUGAGCGAGCGUUUGAAAUCAAGCGGGAUACCGGCUUCAAUCGCACGUAGGCGCUGGAGACUCGGCGACAAUCGUUCUGAGAAUGAUGGUUGUUUGCAGUGUAUGAUGUAAAAUCGACAAGCGGUUCCC